CCAUGCAUAAUACAACGGCACAUCCAUCUUACAUUUUGUCUCGAUCCAGCCAUAUCAUUUCUACUUCACGGGGAAAAGUUUCGCUUUAAGGAAGACACGCGCGAAAUGAUCGAGUGUCUCGAUAGAUCAAAGUGAUGUCACGUUGAGUCGUCGAUCGGUGGCACAACUUUCCUCUCUCUUCGGCCCAAUCAAUCGGUUUUGAUUUAAGAGAGUUUGAAAUUGAGGAGGAAAAGGAUAAAGAUAAAGGAAGACCAUGCACAAGGAACGGUACACCGACGUGUCGCUCAAAGUGUCGCAGUUCCUGUUGAAAUCGGCUGGUAUCUGGACGAUUGGAAACAACGCCGAGGAACGGCAAAGGAAGUUCGCUGUUUUCUACACCCUUGCUGCCCUGAUUUACGGUAUAUACGUGAACGCGGUGGACAUUUAUCACAAUUUGGACAAUUUGGCUCAUUGCGUCUUUCUCACUUGCAACAUAACGUGCAUAUUAUUGGGAUUAUUCAAGUGUUUCGUGAUAAGCUUUUUCAGAAUGGAAUUCUCGCGUUUAGUUUCAUAUGCCCAGAAACAUUUCUGGCGUUUGGAUUACGAUUACAAUGAGAAGAUACUUUUCGAAAAGUGUCAGAAAUUUUGCAAGUUGUGGAUCAUAGUUGUGAGCAUGAUUUCUCAAUCCUCGUUGGCUUUCUACAUAAUUACACCAAUUUAUGAAAAUAUAGGGAAGAAUAAAUCGGACAGGAUACUUCCGUUCAAAAUGUGGGUCGAUCUUCCUUUAAGCGCGACACCGUAUUACGAAAUAAUGUUCGUCAUCCAGUUGUUGGCCAUAGAACAAAUUGGCGUCGCGUACGUGUGCACCGACUUCUUCCUGUGCAUACUGAACCUGCACGCCCUCUACCAAUUUCGCAUGAUGCAGCAGGAACUGUCGAGGAUCUGGUCGGUGGUCGAUGAACAAACAACGAACGUUGCCGCUUACGCGAGGGGAUGCCACGUGGCUUUGAAAAAGUGCAUUCGAAGGCACCAAUCGUUGAUCGAAUUUUGCAAUAAACUCGAGAAGGUUUUCACGUUUCCGAUCCUCAGCCACGUGGUGGUGUUCAGCUUGCUCAUGUGCUUCGAUACGUACGAGAUAAUUUUGGCAGACAUACCCACGUUGAAAAGGCUCAUCUUCAUUUGUCACAUGAUCGGCAGUUUCAUCCAUAUAAUUUUCUUCGCGUAUAUUUGCCACGGUUUGAUAGAGGAAAGUGGAAACGUCGGGUUGGCGACGUAUUCAGGCUGGUGGACGACAUUGCCGAUGAACGAGACUGGGAGAAUGCUGCGAAAAGAUAUAAGGAUGAUAAUGAUGAAGUCGAUGCGGCCGUGUUACCUCUCCGCAGGUGGCUUCUUUCCGAUGUCUUUGGAAACGUCUACUGCGCUCAUAAGUUCCACAAUGUCGUACUUCACCUUAAUGAGGGAAUCGUCCAUGAAAGGGGACUAAAUAAAUCGAAAAAAACGUGCACAAAUUUAUAUGAAGUGAAAAUUUUUUAAGCAUUAGCUAAGAAACUUUAGUACUUUUUAGUAUUUGUAUUUCUUAGAUGAAAAAAAUAAAAUAUGAUUCAAAUAUCA